AUGGCCGGAUCUGGUGGCCGGAGUCGCAAAUGCUCCUUCCCUUCUUCUCCCCCAGAUCUCCACCCCUCCCUCUCUCUCCCGAGGCUCACGGCGGCGAGCGCAAGGCAGCGACACCCCCACGGGUGCACCGAAGCCAGAAAAACUCCAACUGAUUACAUCAAGCCAAAGCGACCAGAACAACUAAAACUAGAAAAGAACCAAGCAAAAGGAAAACAACUCCACCAGACUCCUAAGAACACCCUUUGUUCAGUAUGCUUCAGCUGGAACCUUCUUGAGGGAAACUGGUACUUGUUCACCCCGGAGAUGCCAGAAGUGGUCCUGGGUUGGAUGGGCCCAAAUUACUCUAUCUCUACUGCUUGUGCUACUAUCAACUUCUGCAUUCUGAAUGCAGCUAAUCAUAUCAGGAGAGGGGAAGCUGAUUUAAUGCUUUGUGGUGGUUCUGAUGCACCAAUCAUCCCUAUUGGAUUGGGAGGUUUUGUGGCCUGCAGAGCUCUUUCACAGAGAAAUAGUGAUCCAGCAAAAGCUUCUCGACCUCGGGAUGUGCUCUUGGACUACGGCAUGAGGGACGAAUCAGAACUGCACCAGUAG